AUGAACUCGAUCAGGCUCGUGCUGGCUGUGGUGGUGGCGAAGGUAUACGUGACCGAACAGAUGGAUGCAGACACGGCGUUUCUAAACAGUGAUCUCAAAGAAGAGGUGUACAUGGAAGUACCUAAUGGCAUAAAAAAUGCUGAAAAGAUGAUGUGCAAGCUAGACAAGGCAAUUUACGGACUCAAACAAGCUGCGAGUGCAUGGAACAAGACUAUCCAUGCUGUGUUCCUGCAAAUUGGUUUUCAAAGCAGUGGAGCAGAUCAGUGCGUCUAUGUCAAGGUCAACAAUGGCAGCUUCGUCUAUGUGUGUCUUUACGUCGACGACAUGAUCAUCGCUGCCAAGACCAGUAGAGAGAUCCAGGAAGUCAAGAAAGCACUGAAAAAUUCGUUUAAGAUGAAGGAGCUCGGUGAGGUCAAGUUUAUUCUAGGUAUGGAGAUCGAUCAUGAUCGUAACGACAGUACGCUGAUGAUUCGUCAGACUCGCUAUAUCGAUGACGUGGUCUGCCGAUUUAACCAAGAUGAAGCCAAGGCAGUUGUCAACCCAUGCGAGUCUGGAUUGAAGCUAUCAAAGAUACAAUCACCAGCUACGGACGCUGAAAUAGAAGAAAUGCAGUCGAAGCCGUACAGGUCGUUGAUUGGAUGUAUGCUAUACAUCACAACAUGUACGCGACCUGAUGUGGCGUAUAUAAUCACACAGUUGUCACGUUUUUUGGAAAAUCCUGGUCAACAACAUUGGAAGGCUUCCAUUCGUGUUCUUCGAUAUCUCAAGACUACAAGAGACUACGGCAUAAUCUACGACGGCAGCGCAAGCGAGGUCCAAGCAACAGCAUACACGGACGCGGACUGGGGAAGCAACAUCGACGAUCGACGCUCGGUUUCAGGCAUAAUGGUGAUGAUUGGUGGCGCACCAGUCGUGUUCAAGUCCAAGUACCAGCGCACUGUGGCAUUGAGUUCGGCAGAGGCGGAGUAUAUGGCCUUAAGCUUUUGUACCCAGGAAGUACUGUGGGUCCGCGCGAUGCUCAAGGAUCUCGGUCAUGAGCAAGUGGGAGCGACUUUGGUCUAUGAAGAUAAUCAAGGUGCGAUUGGGCUUGCAAGCAACUCAGGAUACAAUGCCAGGACCAAGCACGUCGACAUCCGUCACCACUUCAUCCGAGAGAAUGUGGCUCAAGACAUUAUUGUGGUCAAGUACAAGUCAACGGUGGACCAGCUGGCAGACAUGUUGACCAAGGCACUAGGGACGAAGCGACUUAAGUACUUGCUCCAAGCAAGUGGAAUCGGACCAAGGCGCAGUCAGCAUAAGCGGUGA